AUGGCGAUAGCGGCUCUCCCUAGUGUUUGGGUCCUCAUUGUGGCAUCCCUUUUGCUUCGCUCGACGGUGUCUGCCAUAAAGUUCCGGGUGGGUGGGGAGAAGGGCUGGACCGAGCCGAACGGCGAUGCUGCCGAAAACUACAACCACUGGGCCUCGCAUAACCGCUUCCGAGUCGGAGAUUCCCUCUAUUUCAAGUACGAGAACGACUCUUUGCUGGAGGUGACGAAGGAGGACUACAAGAAGUGCUACACUGCGAACCCUCUGCGAAAGUUCGCCAGCGGCAUCACCACCGUGGCACUCGACCGCAGCGGCCUCUUCUUCUUCAUCAGCGGUGAGCCCGGCCACUGCGAGGCAGGCCAGAGGCUCAUCGUCCGCGUUGGCUCCCGACCGGAUCCGAGGGGGGUCACGGCGUCGCCGGCUCCUGCGCCUUACACCGGCCCUGUCGUCGUCUCCUCUGCUGCGCGGGCGCCUGCCGGUGCCGUCGCCGUGGCUCUCGCGGUGGCUCUUUGUUUUUUUAUGUUGCACUAG